GGGAGGGGAACAGUCGGUAGCCAUCUUACUUAGGACCAAAACACAAAUAAUUCGGUAAUAAAGGCAACAGACAGCAGAGGUCCCUGGGAUAUCGCCUUCGGAGACUUUCCGGUCACCGUUGGCGGCCUGACCAGAGUCGUGGUGACAAUUUAACGGCUGUUCCUGUUCACAAAGCGGCGUGCCGAGGAAGGACGCGUCUCUUUUGAAUAGACAGGAUGCACGGACCGCCCUCCGGCGACAGCGCAUGCCCAUUGCGCACGAUCAAGAGAGUUCAGUUCGGCAUCAUCAGUCCAGAUGAGCUUAAACGGAUGUCAGUUACAGAAGGGGGAAUUAAAUACCCCGAAACAACAGAAGGUGGACGUCCUAAACUUGGUGGCCUUAUGGACCCAAGACAAGGGGUCAUAGAGCGAACUGGAAGAUGUCAGACCUGUGCAGGCAACAUGACAGAAUGUCCUGGCCACUUUGGCCACAUAGAACUGGCAAAGCCAGUUUUCCAUGUUGGCUUUGUAACAAAGAUAAUGAAGGUCCUUCGAUGUGUCUGCUUCUUCUGCUCGAAGCUAUUAGUGGAUUCAAACAACCCAAAGAUCAAAGACAUCCUGACAAAAUCUAAAGGGCAGCCCAGGAAGCGUUUGACACAUGUGUACGAGCUGUGCAAAGGAAAAAAUAUCUGUGAGGGAGGGGAGGAGAUGGACAACAAAUUUGGAAUGGAACAGCAGGAGACUGAGGAGGACAUUACCAAGGAGAAGGGCCACGGUGGCUGUGGGCGCUACCAGCCACGUAUCAGACGCUCUGGCUUGGAGCUGUAUGCUGAGUGGAAGCACGUUAACGAGGAUUCGCAGGAGAAGAAAAUCCUGCUGAGUCCUGAGCGUGUGCAUGAGAUCUUCAAGCGCAUCUCGGACGAAGAGGACAUCAUCUUGGGCAUGGACCCCAAGUUUGCCCGUCCAGAGUGGAUGAUUGUAACUGUGUUGCCUGUGCCUCCACUGGCUGUCAGGCCUGCUGUAGUCAUGCAGGGCUCUGCUCGCAACCAGGAUGACCUGACCCACAAGCUGGCUGACAUUGUCAAAAUCAAUAACCAGCUAAGAAGAAACGAGCAGAGUGGUGCAGCAGCUCACGUCAUAGCUGAGGAUGUCAAACUGCUUCAGUUUCACGUAGCCACCAUGGUGGACAACGAAUUGCCAGGCCUGCCAAGGGCAAUGCAAAAGUCCGGCCGUCCUCUCAAAUCCAUAAAACAGCGUCUAAAGGGGAAGGAGGGCCGAGUCCGAGGUAACCUCAUGGGCAAGCGUGUGGACUUCUCCGCCCGAACUGUCAUCACCCCAGACCCCAACCUGCAAAUCGACCAAGUUGGCGUGCCACGAUCCAUCGCAGCCAACAUGACCUUCCCAGAAAUAGUCACCCCCUUUAAUAUUGACAGAUUACAAGAGCUGGUUCGAAGAGGCAACAGCCAGUACCCGGGAGCCAAAUACAUCAUCCGUGACAAUGGAGACAGAAUUGACCUGCGAUUCCACCCCAAACCAAGUGACCUUCAUCUGCAGAUAGGCUACAAGGUGGAAAGACACAUGUGUGAUGGUGACAUCGUCAUCUUCAACCGACAGCCUACACUACAUAAAAUGUCCAUGAUGGGUCACAGGGUCCGGAUUCUGCCAUGGUCCACAUUUCGACUCAACCUCAGUGUCACCACCCCAUACAACGCUGAUUUUGAUGGGGAUGAGAUGAACCUCCACCUGCCUCAGUCCCUUGAGACGAGGGCAGAGAUCCAGGAGCUGGCCAUGGUGCCGCGUAUGAUCGUCACGCCUCAGUCCAACAGGCCCGUCAUGGGUAUCGUGCAGGACACCCUCACAGCUGUCCGCAAAUUCACCAAGAGAGAUGUCUUCUUAGAGAGAGGUGAAGUGAUGAACCUCCUCAUGUUCCUCUCCACUUGGGAUGGGAAAGUGCCUCAGCCGGCCAUCCUCAAGCCUCGUCCUCUGUGGACGGGCAAGCAGAUCUUCAGCCUAAUCAUUCCUGGACACAUUAAUGUGAUCCGCACACACAGCACCCACCCUGACGAUGAAGACAGCGGCCCUUACAAACACAUCUCACCUGGUGACACCAAGGUCAUAGUUGAGAAUGGCGAGUUGAUCAUGGGCAUCCUGUGCAAGAAAUCUCUGGGAACCUCCGCCGGCUCUCUUGUCCAUAUCUCCUACCUGGAGAUGGGCCACGACAUCACCCGACUCUUCUACUCCAACAUUCAGACUGUGGUCAACAACUGGCUGCUCAUCGAGGGUCAUUCCAUUGGUAUUGGUGACUCCAUUGCUGAUGCCAAGACCUACCUUGACAUCCAGAAUACCAUCAAGAAAGCCAAACAGGAUGUGAUAGAAGUCAUUGAGAAAGCCCACAACAAUGAGCUGGAGCCGACCCCCGGUAACACACUGAGGCAGACCUUUGAGAACCAGGUGAAUCGUAUCCUGAACGACGCUCGUGACAAAACGGGAUCCUCUGCCCAGAAGUCUCUGUCUGAGUACAACAACUUCAAGUCCAUGGUGGUGGCUGGUUCCAAGGGAUCAAAGAUUAACAUCUCACAGGUUAUUGCUGUGGUGGGGCAGCAGAACGUGGAGGGUAAACGAAUCCCCUUCGGCUUCAAGCAUCGCACACUGCCUCACUUCAUUAAGGAUGACUACGGUCCUGAGAGUAGAGGCUUUGUGGAGAACUCCUACCUGGCUGGCCUGACACCAACAGAGUUCUUCUUCCACGCCAUGGGAGGCAGAGAGGGUCUGAUCGACACAGCUGUCAAGACUGCUGAGACCGGUUACAUCCAGCGCCGUCUGAUCAAGUCCAUGGAGUCGGUGAUGGUGAAAUAUGAUGGCACGGUGCGUAACUCCAUCAACCAGGUGGUUCAGCUGCGUUACGGUGAGGACGGCCUGGCGGGUGAGAAUGUGGAGUUCCAAAAUGUGGCAACACUCAAACCCUCACACAAGGCCUUUGAAAAGAAGUUUAAGUUUGAUUGCACCAAUGAGCGAGCACUAAGGCGGAUGCUGCAGGAAGACGUUGUGAAAGACGUGCUGACCAAUGCUCACGUGCAGAGUGCCUUGGAGAGAGAGUUUGACAAGAUGAAGGAAGACAGGGAGGUCCUCCGAGCCAUUUUCCCCACUGGGGACAGUAAGGUGGUGCUGCCAUGCAACCUGGCCAGAAUGAUCUGGAACGCUCAGAAGAUCUUCCGCAUCAACACUCGAACCCCAACAGACCUGAAUCCUCUAAGGGUUGUUGACGGCGUUCAGGAGCUGAGUAAGAAGCUGGUGAUUGUGAAUGGUGAUGACCCGCUGAGCAAACAGGCGCAGCAGAACGCCACGCUGCUCUUCAACAUCCACCUGCGCUCCACGCUCUGCUCCAAGCGCAUGACCGAGGAGUUCCGCCUUUCAACCGAAGCUUUCGACUGGCUGCUGGGAGAGAUUGAGACCAAAUUCAACCAGUCCAUUGCCCAUCCAGGUGAAAUGGUUGGCGCUCUGGCUGCUCAGUCGCUGGGAGAGCCAGCCACUCAAAUGACCCUCAACACUUUCCACUACGCCGGUGUGUCAGCCAAGAACGUAACACUCGGUGUGCCUCGUCUAAAGGAGUUGAUCAACAUCUCCAAGAGGCCCAAAACACCGUCGCUGACUGUUUUCCUGCUGGGUCAGGCAGCACGUGACGCUGAGAGGGCCAAGGACAUCCUCUGUCGUCUGGAGCACACCACGCUGCGAAAGGUGACUGCCAACACUGCCAUCUACUACGACCCAAACCCACAGAACACGGUGGUGGCUGAGGACCAGGAGUGGGUGAACGUCUACUACGAGAUGCCCGACUUUGACGUGACGCGCAUUUCACCGUGGCUGCUGCGCAUUGAGCUCGACCGCAAGCACAUGACUGAUCGCAAGCUGACUAUGGAGCAGAUUGCGGAGAAGAUCAACGCAGGUUUUGGAGAUGACCUGAACUGUAUCUUCAAUGACGACAAUGCUGAGAAGCUCGUUCUGCGAAUCAGAAUCAUGAACAGCGACGAGAACAAGUUCCAAGAGGAUGAGGAGGUGGUGGACAAAAUGGAUGAUGAUGUGUUCUUGAGGUGCAUCGAGUCCAACAUGCUGACAGACAUGACCCUUCAAGGCAUUGAGCAGAUCAGCAAGGUGUACAUGCACUUGCCCCAGACUGACAAUAAGAAGAAGAUCAUCAUCACAGAGGACGGCGAGUUCAAGGCCCUGCAGGAGUGGAUCCUCGAGACAGAUGGAGUGAGCCUCAUGAGGGUGCUCAGCGAGAAGGACGUAGAUCCCGUCAGAACCACCUCCAACGACAUUGUGGAGAUCUUCACGGUGUUGGGAAUCGAGGCAGUGCGAAAGGCUCUGGAGAGGGAGUUGUACCACGUCAUCUCCUUUGACGGUUCCUACGUCAACUACCGUCACUUGGCUUUGCUCUGUGACACCAUGACGUGCCGUGGUCACCUGAUGGCCAUCACCCGUCACGGCAUCAACCGUCAAGACACAGGGCCGCUCAUGAAGUGUUCCUUUGAGGAGACGGUGGAUGUGCUGAUGGAGGCGUCCUCCCACGGUGAGAGUGACCCCAUGAAGGGUGUGUCAGAGAACAUCAUGCUUGGCCAGCUUGCCCCGGCUGGUACAGGAUGCUUUGACCUGCUGCUGGAUGCUGAGAAGUGUAAAUAUGGCAUGGAGAUCCCCACCAACAUACCCGGCAUCAGCGUGGCUGGACCCACUGGCAUGUUCUUUGGCACGGUGCCGAGUCCCAUGAGUGGUAUGUCACCUGCCAUGACCCCGUGGAACACAGGAGCAACGCCAGCCUAUGGUGCCUGGUCCCCCAGCGUCGGAAGCGGCAUGACUCCUGGAGCAGCAGGUUUCUCUCCCAGUGCAGCGUCAGAUGCAAGCGGCUUCUCUCCAGGCUACUCGCCGGCCUGGUCUCCCACUCCCGGGUCUCCAGGGUCUCCAGGACCUGCCAGCCCAUACAUCCCAUCUCCAGGUGGAGCCAUGUCACCCAACUACUCCCCCACCUCCCCGGCCUACGAGCCUCGCUCCCCUGGGGGCUACACCCCACAGAGCCCCGGCUACUCCCCAACAUCACCCUCCUACUCUCCCACCUCUCCCUCUUACUCCCCCACCAGCCCCAACUACAGCCCGACAUCUCCUUCCUACUCGCCCACCUCGCCCAGUUACUCCCCAACCUCCCCCUCCUAUUCUCCCACAUCUCCUUCUUAUUCCCCAACAUCUCCCUCUUACUCCCCUACCUCCCCCUCCUACUCCCCCACGUCCCCCUCCUACUCCCCCACCUCACCAAGCUACAGCCCGACAUCGCCGAGCUACAGCCCGACGUCGCCCAGCUACUCUCCCACCUCACCUUCUUACUCACCCACCUCUCCCUCUUAUUCUCCCACGUCUCCAUCUUACUCCCCCACCUCUCCAUCCUACUCCCCCACCUCUCCUUCUUACUCCCCAACCAGCCCGAGCUACAGCCCCACAUCGCCGAACUACACUCCCACCUCACCCAGCUACUCCCCCACCUCUCCCUCCUACUCUCCUACAUCGCCCUCUUACUCUCCAACUUCCCCCAACUACACCCCGACCAGCCCAAACUACUCCCCCACCUCUCCCUCGUACUCCCCCACCUCUCCAUCCUACUCACCAUCCAGUCCACGUUACACCCCGCAGUCUCCCACUUACACCCCGAGCUCCCCCUCAUACAGCCCCAGCUCCCCCUCCUACUCCCCCACCUCCCCCAAAUACACCCCUACUUCACCCUCAUACAGCCCCAGCUCCCCGGAGUACACUCCCACCUCUCCCAAAUACUCCCCCACCUCGCCAAAGUACUCCCCAACGUCGCCGAAGUACUCGCCGACUUCUCCAACCUACUCCCCGACGACUCCCAAAUACAGCCCCACCUCUCCUACCUACUCCCCCACCUCCCCCACUUACACCCCAACAAGCCCCAAAUACUCCCCCACCUCCCCUACUUACUCCCCAACCUCACCCAAGUACUCACCCACGUCUCCUACAUACUCGCCAACUAGCCCUAAAGGCUCCACGUAUAGCCCCACCUCCCCUGGAUACAGCCCCACCUCACCCACCUACAGCCCGGCCAUCAGCCCCGACGAUAGUGACGAGGAGAACAACUGAUGGGCCGCGGAUGAGAAGGGGAGGCAGCUGAAGAAAACCUGUCACCGCAUGGUGGACACCUGAAGGACAGCACCUUUAACCAGCUGGAGGUGGCGUUUCUUCGAGCCACAGGGGUCCCAAUUGUGACAGUUUUUCUUUGGGGAAAUCUCUCCUUUGGGGACCGCUGUGAUGCUCCGGCCUUGACCAUCUGAGGGCCCCCUUUACCACAAGAAAUUGUUAAAACUACUACGUGAAAAGACUUGAACUGCUUUGCCUGAACGAAAAAAAGGCUGCCUUUUGAGAUAGUUUUUUAAUUUUCACAUGGGGUGUUGGAGCAAAACUGCAAAUCCCAAGAGGGAAUUAAACAGAGAGGAAGAUGUGGCGAACACAUAACGGGGAGAAAAUGUCCCUUUUUAACUUUAUAGUGUACUGCAUCCAGUCUCUCUCUCAUUCUCUAAAUGUUGGGUGUAUAGUUGUGGAAAGCGUACAUAUUGCCAAAAGCCUUUUUGAGAAGUGGAUUGUAUUCAUCACUAAAGCAUAAGCUCUAAAGAAAAUCAAGGAGGUAAGGUUUAGACUUUGUUUACUGCAUAUUUCACCGAGGUGUAUCUUGUUAGACCUUUUGCUGCUUUUGUAAAACUACAGUUGCUGCCAGUUUUGGGGGCAUUUUGUGGAUCAGAGAUGGAGCUUUAGGUGUUUGAUGUAUUGAAAUAGUCAGAUUGUCUCAAGGAGAAAGUGGGAUGGUCAGCAGAGAAACAUGAUAGGAGAGAGAAACUGGCUUGCAGGUAAAAGAAAUUUCAACCUGAACAUCAUUGACUACAUAGAUGUAUGUACCCAACGCUCUCCCCACUUCCUCCUUCACACCCCAAAGACGAAACCUGAAAGAUGUCACGAAAACACCCACCAGCAUCUUCUUGUCCUCUACCAUUUUGGAGACUUGUGCACCAGAAGGAAAAAACAAAAACACUUUUCCAGAUAAUAUUCUUCCUGUGACACUGAGAAUUUAAAGAUUUCUAUGAAAAAAAAAAUAGAAAGAUGAUUCUGUGUUUAAUUUUGACUCUAGGAGGAAAUGGGGCACACGUGGACGAGGCAUACUAGUUUGGCGUUGCUGCUUUUGUCAUUGUUUGCAUGAGUAGCACAUGUUAAUACAUUUUAAUCGAGCUUUAGGUUGAAAUUGUUUUCAAAUCCCUCCCACUCCUUGCUAAUGUUUGUCCCAUUUCUGAUAGCUGACGUGUACACAGGAUUAUUUGGACUAUUCAAUUUAUUUAAGAAAGAAAGUGAACUAUUCUGUGUGAAUAUGAAUAGGAGAAAAUUAUGAUUUUUUUUGUUUGUUUUGGCUUUUUUCUCGUUUGCUUUUGGUGACUGUGUAAACCUGUUUGCAGGAGGCUCAUGUUCAUAUUCUGUGGAUGAAGGGGCAGAGGACGGAGGGGAGUGCUUUUAUUUCCACCCCUGUUCUCCCCAACAGUCCCAGUCUUUGCCACAACGGCGGCGACUGCUCUUUUCACGAACAGUUGUAGGAUGUGUGCAGUCGGCAGGUUGUGACACUGCUUCAGUUAAAAAUAGAAGGGCAAAAAGUUCAGUGUUUUCGCUUCUCGGGACGCCAGAGGGCAACGUUUGUCCUCCUGUUGGCUUUUUUUCUUCACAACGUGGAUCAGUUUAUUUUCUCCUCAGCAGAGAUUGUCCAAAGAAACAGCACUUUUGGGCCUCUCUUUAAACAAAAACAACCUUACCCACUACAUUAGUGUGAUCUUCUUUUUCAAUAUGGGUGCUUUCUCACAUGAUUCGACCUAGUUUGUCUGUCAGGGAACCGUCUGUACGCCUGAUGAUGAUGGAAACAUUUUUUUUCCUUUCCCUCCUUGUUCCAUUUGAUCAUUCGACGCGGUUUCUGAAUUUAUUGGACUAGCUGGGUCUCCUCCCUCUUCCCCUCUUCAUCCACAAGUGAUCCUCAUUUCUGAAAUCAGUGUUUCUUUUUUUUUUUUCUACCAGUGUAUGUACCUGUGAUGAGGGGAAUCAUGGGGAGGGGAGGGGGGACGUAUUGGGUCUGACUGGGAGUCCUGAGGAGAUAAAACACAACCAGUAAUCUUUUGGGUUAUGUUUUAAAUGAUUUGUCAGAUUUUGUGAAACAUUGCUUCCAAGAUGGUCUUGAAUUGAAGGGACUGCAUCUUCUGGCCUUUGAGAUAAAGCAGGUUUGGUAAUUGCACUUAGUAAAUAUUGUGGUGGACCUAAGCCCCAGACAUUGUGAUAUUUUGUCCACUAUGCUUGCAUCUAAUCCUGUUGUCUUAACUGUGUGCUGUCCAGUCAAUUCAGAGCAUCAGGACUCCCGGGUUGUAUGAAUGUGUGUAUGAGUGUGUGUCGGAGGGCGAGACAGGGUUUCAAACUGAGGAACGACUUCACAUGUCUGGGCAAAGGAAGGUUUAACUUGAAAUUGCCACUGUAUAGAAAUCGAUUCAUUAUCUCGUUCUCUGUAUCUUUGUUCUGUUUGUUUUUUGACUUGGGAAAAAAAAGAAUAAAAGUUUUACUACA